GCAAGCUUCUUUCCUUCAGUUCAUCAUGGUGCGUUGUGGCUCAAUAUGGCUCGCCUCUUCCAAUUUUUGAGGAGAGAAGAAUGUGGUAACCGUGCAAUGUUUCUGACAGGCGAGGGUAUAUAAGGACAAAGGCUGCAUGCAGGCGGGCCAGUCUUUGUAAGAAGUUGAGAGGUGCAGGGCGAGGAGCGUCAUACCAGUGAAGGGAUGUUGGAUCACUCCUAAGACACCAAUUCGUACCCCAGCACCACCAGAACUCUUGCCUGACAGAGGUAACGCCGUGUGGAGGCUAACUGACAACAUGGACUGGAGCACCUGGCAGGCGUGGGUAAGGGCAGGGUAUGGCCGCCUUGACCCCACCUCCUGGGAAACUGCCAACGUGACUCUGCUGGAUCUGGUGAGGCCUGAGGUGCAUCACAAAGUCCACCAGCACUGGCACUCAUUCCCUCCCCCUCACCCGCUAUGGCACCCUGUCCUUGGCACUCUCUACACUAUUAUAGGGCAGCUGUCUCUCACUGGCAAUGGCAUCGUGCUGUGGGUGUUCUCCUUCACCAGAAGCUUGCGUUCAGGCACAAACCUGCUCACCAUCAACCUGGCCUUCUCUGACCUCCUCAUGAUGCUGACUCAGUUCCCGAUUCUUGUGGCCAACUGCUUCAACCAGUCAUGGACGCUGGGGCCUUUUGCCUGCGAGGUGUCUGGCUUCUGUGGGGCACUAUUUGGCACUGUGUCCAUCAUCUCCCUGGCACUCAUAGCUCUGGACAGAUACAGGGCCAUCAUGUCUCCAUUUGGCAGUACCAGGCUGAGCAUGAGGCGUGCAGCAUGGUGGGUGUGUGGUGUGUGGGUGUACAGUGUGUCCUGGUGUAUUCUGCCUUUCCUGGGCUGGAAUCAGUAUGUCCUGGAAGGUUUUCUAACAAGCUGCUCUUUUGACUACCUGAGUGAUGACCUGUGGAGCAAGUCGUACAUUGUGAUGCUCUUCCUGGCAGCCUAUGCCUUGCCUCUCGGGGUGAUCAGCUACUGCUACUUCUACAUCAUGUCUUCUGUCAAGCAGCAUGACAAGGAAAUACUCGGCCACCAGCGAGUGCAAGGAGAGGCCGUCAAGUAUCGCAACCUGCACCGGCGUGAGGCUCAGCUGUCCCGUGUGGUGCUGACCUCAGUUUUCUGGGCACUGGCAUGGACACCCUAUGCAGUUGUGUCCCUGCUUGGAGUGUCUUCCUGGUAUAGCCUCCUCUCUCCACUGACCACUGCCCUGCCUGCACUCUUUGCCAAGCUCUCCACAGUCUACAACCCCUUCAUAUAUGCCAUCUCACACCACAAGUACAGGCAGGAGCUCAGUCGUCGCCUUCCCUGGCUGUGCUGCAUCCUGCCCUCCCUAACCCACCAACCCUCAGUCUCCAUGCAGUCCUCCACAAGGUCUGAUGCAUCCUCCAUUCUUCACUUCUUCUCCAGGUCCUCUUCUGUAGUCUCCUCCAGGAAUGAGAAGGCCCAAAGUGACUUGCCCAGCCCCAAGACCCUCAUGAGUGAUAUGGCAAUCUUGUCACUUCCCAAGGGAUUUUCUCGACCCAUGGCACUCUAAAUGUGCCAAGCUGAUUUGACACAAAGUAACUCAGCCAGGUUCCAUUGGUCAGUAACUGAACAUACUGACAAUGAGGAGUGUAGAUCUGAGAACAUUCAACAAUAGGCCAGCAAUACUUGACAUCAAUUUUGCAAUCUGAAUAUCUGUUGCAUAUCAGUCACCUUAUUUAAUUAAUGUGGUAUACAAAUAGUAAAAUAACAGGAGCUUACCUUGUAAAGGAUUGGUUUUUCCAAGUCCAUUAGAAAAUACUGACAUUACUCCUUAUAUCAAUUUAAAGUCAUAUUCUGGGAUACUUACCUGGUAAAGGACAGCUUUCUAAAAUACAAGAUUAAACUAGGAUGUUGUUCACCCUUCUUUUCCCAAUCAUAAAGAUAGUCUUAUAUCUGUAGCAUCAUCAUCUAUAUUUGUUCAAUGGUACAUCAAAUAAAGUUACAAAAUAUCA